UCACUGUACUCUGAAAAAGGGGAACUUCCACCUCUUGUGGUUACAUUGCAUGAUAAACAGCUCUGUUCACACCAACUCGAGAAGUUGCUUGGACUAAUAAAAAGCAACGGGCACCAGAGGCAGAAAGGAGAUGUUUGUGGCUCUCGGGACUAUUACUUCAGAAGUCAAUCCCAUACUGAGACUAAGCAAUAUGCCCGGAUUGUUUUUUCCUCACAAUCACCUAUCCGAAUUGAAAGAAGCUGAUUGCAAACUUGCAGAAGGCAAGGGUCGUAAAAAGAAGCAAAAUGCUUUUGGUGCAAAUCUGAAAAGCUAUUUGAAGUCCAUGGUACCACAUAUUGAAUCUAGCAUCAAGUCUAACUCCAGAAAUAUGAUGCUUUCUGCAGAGGACGUGAUGCAAUGGUCCCAGUCUUUGGAAAAGCUACUUGCCAGCCAAAGUGGUCAAGGUGCCUUCAGGGACUUUCUGAAGUCAGAAUUCAGUGAGGAGAACAUUGAGUUCUGGCUGGCUUGUGAGGACUACAAAAAAACCCAGUCUGAUCACUUGCAAGACAAGGCAGAGAAAAUUUAUGAAGAAUUUGUUCAGAUAGAUGCAGCUAAACAAAUCAAUAUUGACCAUCAUACAAGGGAAACUACAGCUAAAAAGGCUCAAGACCCAACUUUCACAAGUUUUGAUGAAGCCCAAAAAACUGUAUAUGUGUUAAUGGAGCGGGAUUCAUAUCCUAGAUUCUUGAAAUCAAAAGCCUAUCUUAAUCUUUUAAACAAGCUUCAGGUCAACAGUAUUAAGUGAAGAGUUUGAUGCCAUGGAAAACUGAUGGUAGACUUUGUGUGUCAACUAACCUACAGUGAGGAGAUCCCCCUGUGCAGCUUGAAUUCAGUGCACAGAAUGGAAACAUUUGUCUUUGAAGUGCUGGGGGAAGUGCAGAUAAAUGAUCCUACACAAGAGCUCAUAAAACCCAACAUGAUGAAGGCACUCAUGCUAGAUUUCCAAUCUGAGAGAGCGGGAAGGGGGCUGAAAGAGUGGAAAGGCCCUCUAUCCUUUGCCACUAAACUGAAAAUGGAUACAUAGUUAGUUAUUAUUUGUAUUGCACUGUUCUGACGUAUUACUAAAUCCCACAAGUUGGAUAAUAGUUUGGAAGAGUUAGGGUAAUGCCCUUGUUUCUGAGAAUAAUGGGUAAAAUAAUUAAUACUGGGAGGAAAAAAAUACUUUUAAGUUGUCAAUUUCUGAAAUAACCACAGAAAUGCAUAAAGCAGACCAAUAUGUUAAAUGAGAUCUUGCCCAGGAUAUGAAAUGUUAAUACAUGUGCAGCAGUUCUAUUGUAUUGAAUGAAAUGUAUUAUAAAUGUGACAAUUGAGAAUAAGUUUCUAUUUUAAGUUGUAUAAGCUAGUUAUUACUAUUUAUAUAUUCAGCACUAGGUACGUAGCACAUUUUCACUGUUUAAUUUAUUGCAAAGUGUGAAAUGACAAGCAAUUCCUAAAUUAAA